AUGGACGAUAUCAUUCGCAUCUGCACCUACCAUCGCCGCGACUUCGACCUGGCGGUUACCAGGCUGAAUCCGCGAGUCCACGAUGCGGUUCGAGACUCCCUGGCUCGUCCGUUCAACCGCCCGGCUGUCAAAACCCUUGGCCGAAUGCAGGCUCUCCCCGUUGAGAUCCUCUUUGAAAUCUUGCUCUGCUUGGAUCUGCGGUCUCUGUUCGUGUUCCGUCAAGUCAAUCUCCGGGCUCGCCAGGUCGCCUCCGCCGUGCCUGGAUAUCAACCCCUGAUAACGCAUGCUCUCCAAGCCAUAUGCGUUAUCCUACGCACCAAGAUCGCGGCGUGGUACACAUUGAAAGACGUCUUCAGUGUGCUCUGCACCCGAGACUGUCCCCAAUGUGAUGCCUUUGGCGGGUUUGUUUUCCUCCCUUUGCUCGAGAGGUGCUGCCUUCGCUGUCUUACCUCCUCUCCCCGAUUCCGAGUCCUGCCAGCCGCAGAAAUCAAGAAGCUACUCGGCAUAUCACAGGCACAUCUACGCCAGUCGGUGCCGUUGCUGCAUACCAUUCCUGAAAUAUACUCCAUGGACGAAUCUUCCCGCAAAAGGAGAAUGUAUAUCGUGGCCGUGAAGCAAGUAUUCACUGCAUAUACGUUUCCUAGGACAUCAGCGUCAGUAGCGGCCACAGCUCCUACAAACAGAGCCCACGCUGUUCUACGGUAUAUGGCUGGCACCACUCUACCGUAUGUUAAUGUAGAAAGUGGUGAGGUUCAGCGCGGCCUCUGCUGCUCAGGUUGUCAGAUCCUAAUUGAGGGCGGCACAACCCCAAAUCCUACAGAAGAUCUCGCGAGGCGGGACUGUGUAUAUUCGAAGACUGGUUUCCUCGACCAUUUCCCACACUGCCCCGAGGCUCAAAAGCUGUGGAAGCGCAGCAAAGAAGGCAAGGUAGCCGUAAAGCUGCCAAUGUCUAUUAUCCGAGGAGGCUAUUUUAGCGAAAGAGAUGUUGUCAUGUCAUUUAGCAAGGGAAAAUAUUCCGAUCUGCAGGCAGUUAACUAA